AUGUCAACUAUCAACAAGCGUUUAUAUGGAGUGGGUAGAUUUGUACUACCAUUUUCAAGGUAUUUUGGAUAUUCCAACGGUGAAGAUGACUCGUUACCUAAUGCUGCAAAAAUCUGGUUUGUUAGAAAAUUCUCCGAUCCGAGUGUAAAGCUUUCAGUCAAGAUAAAUGAAUCAACAUCCUAUGUGCCUCCAGAGUCAACGACUCUGCUCUCCGACACAGAAAGUAGUGGAAGUAAUGAAUUAUCGAAGAGAGGUGAUACUGCUUCAAAGACCUCUGUCAAAUCAGAUUUUCGGUCUCUAGAGAUCAAUCCUUUAUACAGAAAGACGGAUGAAGACCCAGUUGCUGAAUUAGUGAAGGAUGUUGCAGAUGUUCAGCAAAAAGAGAACGAAGAGCCGACCAGAGAAACACCAAUAGUGGAUACAUCAGUAGCAUCACCAAUAUCGUUAGAUGUUAUAAAAGGCAACCCUCGAAUGGUAUUGUCUGUUAUUGGUGAAUACAGCAAACUGGUUCACGGUUAUACUAAAAAGGACAAAGAAACUCUGAUGAAAUCAUUUAAGAAUAUCAGUAUACGAGCAGGAAGAUGUGGGUUUCUCUACCAUCAAAGAAAAAUGAAAUGGAUGCGGAAAAUUGAGAAUACCGAAGAAAUUGUAGUGAAGGAUGUUCCUCCAUUAGUAUAUCGGUAUUUUGAAAAUGACGUAGAGAGUUUACCACUUAAAGAACAUAAAGAAGAACAGUUCCUGGAAACCAAUUCUCGUGAUUAUAAUAUAAAACUUUUAGAAAUAGAAAGUCAUAUUAAUACAUCUCUUCACGUAAAAUUUGGAGAUGAGUCAGGCAAAAGAGUUAGAGUACCAGUUGUUUUGGUAGUUGUAAACGGGGAUUUAGACACACUGUCACAUGUUGCGAAGGCGGUGCAGUGUGGUAUGUCAGUAGUGGUUACAAAAGGAUCCGGAGGAGUAGCUGACUUACUUGCAAUGUGUAUUGAAGACAUACGAAACCUCCGAAAAGUUUCGCCGGUAGUACUAAAUAGAAAAAUAACAGAGGAAGUAUAUACAAAAAUGGAAACAGCUGUACAUAUCAUUGCUAAACGUUAUUGGCUGAUCACAAUAUUUGAAUUGAUAUGUGACACACCAGAAAGCUUAUGGGAAAGGCUAACAGACGGGAUAAUCAGAGCUUGGUCAUUUGACCAAGAGGCAAACUACAGUUUGUAUGUGCCAUCUUUUAAAACAAUUGACACAGGUGUCAUCUCAAUUUCAAAAUUUGCUGCUGAUAUUGAUUGGCUGUCUAAAAAAGAACUGUUUGGUGGAUACUGUUUGACGUCAUCUGAACAUAGCAAUGAACGGUUGAAUGAGAUUGUGUCUUCCGCAAUCCUUGACCAGACAACCGAUGUUAUACGACAUUUGAAGAAUAGAAAUAUCAAUUUUGAUGACCGUUUUGUGAAAGAUUUAUAUAAAAAGACUAUUCAAAUGAACAAGAAAAAGGAGAAUGAGGGUCAUACUGUAGUUGAUAUAUGGAAGAAUGCAAGUCAAGAGGCAUAUGACUACUUGGAACAGGACACUUUGAAAGACCAUUUGGGGCAAACGAAAUCGGCAAACGAUGCUGAAUUCCAAAUAGGAAAUCGCUUGUUAAAAUGGCUUUGCUUUUCAAGAGUUGGAAUGGUAACUUGUUGUCAAAAAACAAGAAAACCUGAGUCAAAAGAAAGCAUAAAGAAAUCUGUACAUGGACAAGGUGACAGUGGAUUUAGAUUUUGUGUCUUGUCGAAUAACAGAAUAGUUGCUAGUGAAUUAUGGACAACAUGUAACAAUCCAAUGUUAACAGCUUUGAUAGCCAGUUGCUACCUAAAGGCUAUGGCUAAGAUUGCAGAAAAUUGGUUUGAGGAUUCACUUCAACACAAUUUAGAGGAUCAUUCAAACCUUUUCUCAAAGAGAGCUGAAAUUCUUCUAGACAAACUUUUUAAACAUAACGAAGCGAUGGCAACUCAAGCACUAGAUCAUGUUUCUGAAGUUUGGGAAUACGUUGAGAGUCCUCUUCAUUUUGGACAUCAGUUUGGCAUGGAAGAAUUUAUUUCCCAUACAUCUACUCAGAAAGACGCAAACAAGCGACUGUAUUCCUAUAGAAAUGACAGAACAGAUAAUAAUGAUGAUACCACAAAUGACAAUGAAAACAAUGCCCAACAUCCGGAGUUUACCGCCUUUAUCAAGCACCAUCACCGAGAAAAACAAUGGUAUAAAUGUGUAACAGCACCAGUGAGUAGAAUGAUUAUGGAUGUGGCCUUCUUUAUUGUAGUUCUCAUUAUGUUCUCGAUUUUCCUCAUGACUGACAUGAGCUACAAUUCCAUAUCUGUAUUAGAAUUGAUAGUUUUCGUCUGGAUAGUCGGUGACUUCAUAGAAGAAAUAUUCAAUUUAAUAAGGCCGGAAGAUGGAGUAUGUUCGCCACAGCGUAUAUUUUUGCAUAUGUUUGACAUAUGGAAUUUUAUGGACAUCUUAUGUGAUGUUAUGUGCAUCGUUGCUUUCAUAAUGCAUGCAGUUGGUCCAAUGGAAAUACUAGUUCAUACUAGAAGAAUAUAUAGUUUGGCAUUGUUUCUGAUGUUCCUUCGCUUAUUCAAUAUUCUUCUAAUGUUUCAAAAUAUUGGCAUCAUCAUUAUUAUGGUAAAAGAAAUGCUGAUGGAUUUAUUGUAUUACUUGCUCAUUCUGGUGAUUUUGAUUUUCGCUGCUGGUACAGUUUAUCAAGCAAAUAUUUAUCCAAAUCAUGAUGUCAAACCAUUUCCAAGUGGAAUUCAGAACUGGCGAAUUUGGACAAUACUCAAAAUACCGUAUUGGCAGGUUUACGGUGAGCCGUUCUUAGACAUACUGGAAGCAUUUGACACGUCGGACAACAGUAAUUGUACCGAUGAUACAACAGUUUGGAGAAAUGAUCCAACGGCUGAAAGGUGUCCUACCAAGGACUGGAUAACUCCUGUAUUCGCAGCAUUUUACAUGAUGCUGUCGAAUUGGUUGUUAUUAAACAUAGUAAUAGCUAUGUUCAGUGCACGAUUCAACUCAAUAACAGAAAAAUCAAAACAGAAAUGGAGGUACCAUAGACAUGCAGUGGUUAUUAGUUAUGAAAAUAGAAUUCCGUCCCCAAUAAAUCUUGUCGUGAGGUCAUUAGGCUUUUUCUGUUAUGUAAAAAAGUAUCCGUGUUGUACUUGUUUCAAACAUCGAACAGAAGGCUAUGCGGAAAAAAUGUUGAAAAAACAGAGAGAGCUUGCAGAGGAAAUAAUCAGAAGUGAAAAUGGCGAAAACUAGGAUUCAUUGUUAUAUCAAAGUUUGGUCUA